AUGGAGCAGCUGCACAAGCCGCACCGCAAAUCCAAGGAGAAGAAGCAGCAGAGCUCCGGAGAGCGCAAUCCCAAGGCUUUUGCCUUUGCGCGGCCUGGAAAGCUCCAGCGAACGGCUGCUCGGUCCUCUGAUAUCAAAGAAAGAAGAUACCACGUUCCUCUGGUCGACAGACUUCCUGAUGAGGCACCUCCGCGACUCGUGGCCCUCGUCGGUCCUCCCGGCGUAGGAAAAACAACCUUGCUCAAGUCUUUGAUCCGCCGAUAUGCCAAAGAAACCAUUGCCGACCCCCAGGGCCCGAUUACCGUCAUUACUUCGAAAAAGCAGCGCCUUACCUUUGUCGAGUGUCCGAACGAGCUCGAGGCAAUGGUCGACAUUGCCAAGAUUGCCGAUAUUGUUUUGUUGCUCAUCGACGGCAACUACGGAUUCGAAAUGGAAACCAUGGAAUUCCUCAACAUUCUUGCCGCCACCGGUAUGCCUGGCAAUGUCUUUGGUGUCUUGACACAUUUGGAUCUUUUCCGAAAGCCCCAAGCUCUGAAAGAGGCCAAGAAGAGACUCAAGAAGCGACUUUGGACGGAACUGUACCAAGGCGCGCAUCUCUUCUACUUGUCUGGUGUCAUGAACGGUCGCUACCCUGAUCGCGAAAUCCACAAUCUUUCUCGGUUUCUGUCCGUAAUGAAAAAUCCACGCCCUCUAGUGUGGCGUAACGCACAUCCGUAUUCAAUAAUCGACAGUUUCCGCGACAUCACACAUCCUACCAAGAUCGAGGCCGAUCCGAAAUGCGACCGAUCGAUUGUUCUGUCCGGCUACCUGCGAGGCACAAAUUUUGCGGCGCAGGACCAGCGAGUACAUAUCCCGGGUCUCGGCGACUUUACCAUCGCCAACAUGGAGGUCCAGCCAGAUCCCUGUCCUACACCAGCCAUGGAGCAAGCUCUAGCCAAGAUCACAGGCAAGAAAGGCCGGAGACGACUAGACGAGAAGGAAAAGAGACUCCAUGCUCCCAUGUCUGAUCGCAGCGGCCUGAAAAUUGACGGUGACGCUAUCUGGAUCACCAAAGAAAAGGGCUUUACAUUUGAUAAGGACGCUGAGGAUGAUGGGGAGCGUGGUGAGGGUGAAGAGAUGAUCAUCGGUCUUCAGGGUGAGCGAAGACUUCUCGGCCAAACAGACGAGGGUCUGCAACUCUUUCAAGGCGGAGAGACCAUCAAGGAUGUGCCGCAGGAGGAGGAAAAUACCGGUCGCAAAACUCAGCGCAAAGUGAGAAUGGCUGAGCGCGAAGGCGAUGGCGAUGAGGACAUGGACGAUGAGGGGCUCAUCAGUGGCAGUGAAGACGGAGACUCCGAGGCCGAGUUCGAUGAGAGCAGGUUAGGCAGCAUGUUCCGCAAAGAUGUGGACAAAGAGAAUGGCGAGGACGAUAUUGCAUUUGCCGAUAGCGACUCUGACUUGGGCUCCAUGUCUGGGCUCGACGAUGAAGAGGAAGACGAAGAAGAUUAUGAUUCAGACGAAGAGGCUGCUGCUUUACGAUGGAAGGAGGACUUGACUGGCAAGGCGUUGAAAAUGCACGGUCGCAAGCGCUCUUACCACACCGGUGACCUCGCACGGUUCAUGUACGAUACAUCGAUGACACCAGAGGAGGCUCUCAAGCGAUGGAUGGGCCAGGAGGAUGAAGGAAAAGAGGAGAAUAUCGAAGACGAAGAUGAUGACGACUUUUUCAAGAAGACCUCGCAAGAAACAGAAGACCUCGUCGAAGACCGCUACAUUCCCGAUUACCACUAUCAAGAUCUGGCGACCAAGUGGGCAGAUGAGGAACAAAUGGAGGCUCUGCGCCGCAGGUUUACCGCAGCCGACAUGAGCCGCGGCGGCGGCGGUGACGACGGCGAAGGGGAAAGCUGGAACGGCGCCUCGGACGCUGACGAGGACAGCGAAGGCGACGGCGAGUUUGAAGAUCUCGAGGCCGAGGAGGGCAGCAAGACCCAGACGGUGGUGCAGCCCACCCCCGAGGACAUUGAGGCGGAGCGGGAGAAGAAUGCGCGCCGCAAGGAGGAGCUUCGGCAGCGAUUCGAGGAGGAGGACCGCGACGGGUUCCUCAACGACAAGGCCAACGCGCGGCGCGAAGGCGGCGACGCGCAAGAGGAGUUUGGCGAGGACGACUGGUACGACGCGCAAAAAGCGGCGAUCAAGAAGCAGCUCGACAUCAACAAGGAGGCGUACGAGGAGCUCGACGAGCAGCAGCGGUCGGCGGUGGAAGGCUUCCGGGCGGGGCGGUACGCCAAGCUUGUGCUCGACGGGGUGCCGGCCGAGUUUGUGUCGCGCUUCGACGCGCGGCUGCCCAUCAUCGUGGGCGGGCUCACGCCGACAGAGGACCGCUGGGGCUUUGUGCAGGUGCGCAUCAAGCGGCACCGGUGGCACCGCAAGAUUCUCAAGACCAACGACCCGCUCAUCUUCUCGCUCGGGUGGCGGCGCUUCCAGUCGCUGCCCAUCUACUCCAUCUCGGACUCGCGCACGCGCAACCGCAUGCUCAAGUACACACCCGAGCACAUGCACUGCUUCGGUACCAUCUAUGCGCCCCUCAUCGCGCCCAACAGCGGCUUCGUCGCCUUCAACUCCAUGGCCGGCGGCACGCCAGGCUUCCGCAUCGCCGCCACCGGCACCGUGCUCUCCGUCGACGAGUCGACCGAGAUUGUCAAGAAGCUCAAGCUCACCGGCACGCCGUACAAGAUUUUCAAAAACACCGCCUUCAUCAAGGACAUGUUCACUACCUCGCUCGAAAUUGCAAAAUUUGAGGGCGCCGCCAUCAAGACCGUCUCUGGCGUCCGCGGGCAGAUCAAGCGCGCCCUCUCCAAGCCCGAGGGCCACUUCCGCGCCACCUUCGAGGACAAGAUCCUCCUUAGCGACAUUGUCUUCCUCCGCGCCUGGUACCCCAUCAAGCCGCGCCGCUUCUACAACCCCGUCACCAACCUCAUCGGGUGGCAGCCCAUGCGCCUCACCGGCGAGGUCCGCCGCGACCAGGGCCUCUCGGCGCCGCAGCAAAAGAACUCGCAGUACCGCCCCGUCGAGCGCCAGGACCGCCGCUUCAACCCCCUCAAGGUGCCCCGCGCCCUCGCCGCCCAGCUCCCCUACAAGUCACAGAUUGUGCAGGCCAAGCCGCAGCGCAAGCAGACGUACAUGCAGAAGCGCGCCAUGCUGCCGAGCGCCGGCAGCGGCAACGGCGAGGAGAAGAAGGCCCGCGCGCUCAUGCAGCAGCUGCUCACGCUGCGCAACGACGCCGCCGCCAAGCGUCGCGCAAAGAAGGAGGAGACGCGCGCGCAGUUCAAGAAGAAGAUGGCGGACAAUCUGGCCAAGAAGGAGGCGAGGGAGAAGCGCGAGUCAAAGGACUUUUGGCGCAAAAAUGGCCGCAAGAGAGCCGCGGGCGACGAGGGCGGUGGUGGUGCGGGCGGCAAGCGCAGCAGAAAGUAG